GAUAAUGAAAGGCUAGCAAAUAGAAAACACUAUAUGAGAAAACUUACAAACAGACUGAAGAAAGAAAGAAGGUUUCUAAUGAACCGCUUAGACCAACAUGGUGAUGAAUACGAAAAUUAUCAAGCAGUCAUUCCAGGAGAGGACGAGCAUUUGUUCAAUGUUCUCAAUGACUACUGGAUGCAGGAGGCAACGAAAUCGUCUGUGCCGAUAAACGGCACGGGCGAGCCGCAGGCAGAACUUCUAGCAUCGCCGAGUGGCGGAAAGAAGCGGCGGAACGAACGCGAGAAGGAUCCGAAUGCUCCGAAGAAACCUGCAAAUGCCUUUCUCAUGUUCUGCCAGCAGCAGAGGAACGUGUCGCAGGAGCAGUUCGCAAAGGAAAAUCCUGGUCAAGAUGUGAGUCAUCAGGAGUUGACCAAAAUUAUGGCACACCACUGGAAGAACCUAAAUUCUGAAGAGAAAAGGGAAUAUUAUGACAUGUACGAGAAGGACAAGGAACGUUACGAGAAAGAGAUGCUGAAAUACACUGAGGGCAAGUGUGGGAUCAAUGUGAGUGAAGCCGGCAAGAGGGCACCACGGAGCGGUGAUUCGAGCCGACGGACAGGGCUCAACGGGCAACAGUCGAAUGACAGUGAGGACAAUGAGGAGCUGUAUGUGUGACACCUGGCAGCCAUGUUUUGUUGUCAUUAUUUAUUAAAAAAAUAUGUAGUUACAUUAGACUACAUAACAAAUUAAACUUCAUAUAAAGUAAUUACUACAAUUAUAUGUACCAUACCAUGAAAUUGGUUUCUAAUUUGAUUACUUUAUUUUAAUUUUGCUUGUAUUUUUGUAAAUGACAAUUUUGUGGUGUAAAAAUAUUAGUCCACGAGUCCUGAUCAUUAUCCUUUGUAGUCGUUAACAGUGUGUAUGGCCUGGUCCAGUGAGUGCAGACUCUGUUAUAUAUAUAUUAAUGGUAUAACAAAAUUUAUAUCGUCGCUGCUAUUUCAUGUCAGUGGAUACACAUCCAACAAGAACAAUGUACAAAGUCGAGAAAAAAACUAGAGCGAACAAUGGUAGCAAUUGAAAAUCGCCUGUUAUUUUUAGUCGAAUUAAUUAGUGUUUUUACACACGUAGUUUGAACAAUGUACUACUUCAUUAAGUCGGCUAUGUUUGCCAUGUUCUUUGAGCCGAGAAAGAAAUGUGUAAGAAUGAACUUAUGUGCAUAGCAUUACUUAAUUGGACUAAAAAACGGAUGCAGUUUUCAGUUUUUAUCGUUGUUUGUUCUAUAGUUUGUGUUCUUGAUGUGUUAUCUACUGGUGCAAGUCCAGGGCUGUAGCUGCCGUCUAUUGAUGUAAAUAAAAUUGUGUUCUCCUCUGAAUAAUGA